UCCGAGUCAAAGUCAAACACAACUCUAAAUCGGUUCGAAAUGUUCAUACAGUGGACUAUUUUUAUCUCCAGCGUCACCUUGAUUCUUGGCGAAUCUACUCUGCAGAGGAUAGUAGGAGGUAACCCGGUGGCAAUUUCUGCUGUUCCCUGGCAGGCUUCUCUGCAGUAUUUUCGCUCACAUGUUUGCGGAGCUGUCAUCUACAGUGACCAGAUCGUUAUAACGGCAGCUCACUGUUUUAAGAGUGAUAUACGUUUACUAUACUCCGUGAGAGUUGGAACAGCGAUCAAACAAACUGGAGGUCAGGUGGUGAAAGUAUCUGCGAUUCGGAAGCACGAAAGUUUCAAGAGGUUUCCGAACGGUAAUUUAGACAACGAUAUAGCCGUGAUUCGACUAAAAUCCAGGCUCAGUUUGGGUGCCAACAUAAGUCCCAUUCCACUGGCAGAUAGUUCUCCAGCUGUUGGAUCUGUCGCCUCCGUUUCAGGAUGGGGAAAAAUCGAUCCGCUGCUGCCAUUCUCCAUCAAACUACGCGAAGUAUCAAUCAACAUAGUGGAUUCUAAUGACUGCCAGCGAUCCUUUGAGAAUAUAAACCAGAACAUGAUUUGCGCCGCUGCCCCCGGAAAGAGUCCCUGUAUGGGAGAUUCCGGCGGUCCUCUGGUCUCCGGUGGAAAACUCGUUGGCAUUGUCUCAUACGGGAGAGAAUGCGGUCAUCAAAAAUACCCCGUAGUUUUUGCAAAUGUGUCUCAACUUAAGCCUUGGAUCUUAAGUACUAUAAACAGCCUUUGAAAGCUCAACAGGCAAGGCACAUGGAUAAUACAACAUUUUUGUUUAUAAAGCCUGUAUAAAACAACAAAUUUAUUAAUAAAGCCUGU